AUGGCUCAUCUAUUUUAUAUGACCCUUAAUAAUUGGAUUUGGUAUGUAGUACUGCUUUUUAUGCCUAUUUCAAUUUUACUCAUGACCGUUUCAAUUAUUGCCUAUAUAUACUUCUUCACUACCUGUACCCUAGUCGACUUCUAUAGUAAAUCAUCCAACGAUACUCUGGAAGGUCAUAAUUUACUGGAUUCACAGAGUAGUAGUGAUAGACCGCGGUUAAUGAGCAGAUUUCUGACUCAAGCUGAGCUGCGGGAAGUAUUCAUGCUGCCGGAAUAUACACCGAGAGACUUGGAUCUGACACUGAAAGAACGCGAAUUCUUGAAUAAAGCAAGCAAAGUAUAUUGUGUUAAACUGGAUCAAAAGGCCACGGAAGAUUAUUUGAACUUUAUUGAUGCAACUAAAUUCAUUCAUUAA